UGAUUCCAAACAAACUACUCAAUGUAUUUGUUGUUUCGGGGAUCCUUCAACCUCUCCGGUUUCGACGUGCCGUCGAUUUUGCGCCGAAUGGAAUUGUAAAUUUGUUAACGCCUGCCUAUAAGUGCUAAAAAAUUGGAAAUGUAGGAAGAAGAGUGCAGAGAAUAUGCCUGAGAUUUUGUGGAAUCAAACACUGAGGUCAUCAGGAUAAAGUUACAAGGGGAUCAAGAAACACCAUGCAGCUGACAUUUGACACCUUUGGGUUUUUGUUAGAGAGAGGUGCUGUGGGAGGACCAAACAUAGUCCUUCAGUAAUAGAUGGCGGCAGGUGCACCCUCACCCCUGGCCAGCUCUGUUGAGAAGACGAAUGGAGCAAAGCUCAGCAGACUUCUCAUCGAUGGUGGGACAACAGUUCUGAGGACCAUUUUUAAUGGCUAUCACCCUCUUGCUAAUCUUCCUGCUGGUCUCAAUGCCAACUACUCCACCUUGAAAACUCUCCUAAGGAAAAAGGUCCUGUGUACAGCUCAGUGGGAAAAACUGUUCCCAUCUGGCGGAGUAGCACCAGACUCUAACACUUUUGACAUCACUCUCCUAUUUCUUCUUCUCACCAACAUUUGUGGACUAUCCCCUCCUCUCUCGGGUUGGCAUUCAAAGCCAUCUCCAAGUGACAAAUCUCUUGAGGCAAACCUUGCUCGUGUUAAGUUCUUCCGUAAUGAGUUGUACGGUCACGUGUCUAGCACUGGCAUUGACACACCCACUUUCUCUUUUCUGUGGCACGAACUUAGUGCCGUUUUAGUUGCUCUUGGGCUGGACCAGGUAGAAAUCGAUCGAUUGAACGCAGAAAACAGUGGAGAAGAAGAUUAUCUUGAUCUGUUACUUGAAUGGGCUAAAAGUGAAGAGGAUAUUAAGUCAAAGCUGAUGAAAACCUUGCAACAACUCAAACAUGCAGCAGAAAGGGUGGAAGACCAGAAAAACAACAGCAGAGUGGAAGAAAUUCUUAAGAAACUUGUACAGAUCGACACAGAAAAAGAUAUCGUUUAUCAUACAGAAAGGUAUCAAAAAGGAACUCGUUUAACGAUUUUACAGAAAGUAGAGAACUGGCUGGUUGAUGAAAGGUCCCAAAAUCGUGUGAUGGUGAUCACUGGAAAUGCAGGUAUGGGAAAAUCCGUUAUCUCCGCAGUUUUGUGCAGAAAAAUGCAAGAAGCAGGAAGAUUAUCAGGGUGCCACUUUUGCCAGCAUGAUAAAGCACGCCAUAGGAAUCCUAAAAUAAUGCUUCAGUCUUUAGCUUGCCAAUUAUCUGAUUGUCUGCCUCAGUAUAAGAACGUUCUCGUGGAGACUCUUUCAAGAAACCUGGGCGUGGAGCCCAACGAUAUGGAAGUCAAGGACCUGUUUCAGUUGCUGUUUGAGGAACCUUUCAUAAAGUUACAAAAGUUGUCUCCAAGUAGAAAUAUUGUCAUGGUAAUAGAUGGAGUAGAUGAAAGUGAAUACCAGGGACGUAGUGAGCUGCUUGACGUUAUUUCUAAUCACUUCCAUAAGCUGCCAAAUUGGAUUCGAUUUCUUGUGACGACUCGGCCAGAAAUGAACAUCGCAGAUAGUCUAAACUUGUUUAACCCUGUUCAACUGGAACAAAACGAUGAAGAUAACGUAAGGGAUAUAACACUGUUAUUUGAGAGAAAACUAAGUCAUGUAAUUCAAAAAGACUACCAAGACAUCGUCAUAGGUGAACUGGUUAGAAAAUCCGAAGGUCUCAUUUUACAUGCUCAGUUGCUAGUAGAUUUCCUCAAACAAUAUGCUUUCCCUCUCGACCUCAGCUUGCUAGACAGCACCUUACCCUCUGGUAUUUCGACAGUUUACCACACCUACUUUAAACGUCUAGAGAAUGAACUUUGCAACGAACUGAGCAUCAAAGAGGAAGGGUUUUUCAGGUUCCUGAGUACCCUUGUGGCUGCGAGAGAGCCUUUAUUGCUAGGUUAUGUUGCCGAAUUGAUGUUCUCGGGUACCGUUUCUUUAGCGGAUAGCCGAAGAUUAAGGAAAGCAAUCGUGAGCAUAUCCGCUUUGCUGCCCAUUCGAAAUGGCCGCAUUCACUUCUUUCACAAGUCAGUUAGAGACUGGUUGACAGACAUGACCACCUAUGGGAAACACGACUUUUUGGUGGAAGAAAAGGAGGGCCACCGUAUUCUUUCUAGACUUUGUGCAGAAGACGUCGACGAGGUUAAGCGUAAAGGUGUUGACGGGCAACUCAGUGAUAGGACAACGUACGCCCUUCAACAUUGUGUUCAGCACCAGAUAUCAGCUUUAGAAGUAAAUACCAUAGCGUCCCACCUUCAGGAAAUUGUGCAGAAGUAUAUUUUAGACUUAGAGCUGGUAUAUGCAAAACUCUGUGUCAAUAAUACGACGGCGUCUGAAGAUAUCAUUUAUCUUCAGAAGCAAGGAUGGCUUGGAAAGUUGGACCCAAAGACGCAGUGCUCCCUCGAUACCCUAUUAUUUUUGUUAAGGAGGGACAUUGCAGAUUUGACAAAACAUCCCCACUUGAUCCUGCAAAUUGUACUGAAUAAAGGAGGUUUUGAGCUCUCUUCUGAAGCGUCAAACCUCUUGGAGACGAAAUAUUCCGAAAUACCACACAUGAGAUAUAUACACGAGGAAAGACAUCAAGAGGUUGUUCAGGUCCGUUUUCAAUGUUCAUCUCGAGUAGUUUGUUUCGAUGUUUCAACACAGUUGGACUAUUUAGUGAGCGAAUGUGCCAACGGCACCAUUCAGCUUUGGUCACUUCACACUGGUAAGAUGCUAUGGCAGCGUCCGGCAAGGGUGUUUAAAGAUUUCCGGACGUCGAAGUGGAGAAGCUUUCCACUGUCCCACUACCGCUCUGUUGUUUUUCAUCCUACAAAGGCAUUCGUCUUACCAGGAGUUCUCAGCCAUGCCUACACCCUUGAUGGAGAGCUGAAACCACUCUUUCCAAAGAGCGGUUGCCGUUUCACGAUGUGCUCGCUUUCUGGAGAUGGGAGAGAGAUGCUGACUGAUUGUACUGGUGACGAUCAUCGUAAUUGCAUUGUUUUGUGGAGUCUGGACGAUGGUUCUGAAAUUACUCGCACCACUAGAUCCGAAGAUGUCUUGUCAUUUGCAUGGUCUCGAAAUGGAAGGCUACUUGCAAUCUCCACUGCAAGCGGUUCAAUUUGUUUAGUUGAUGUAAAAGAUGACUUUCGAACUCUAACUGAAACAACCACCUCUGAAGCCUGUGGAAUGAUAAAGUUCUCUCCCGAUCAUCAGUAUCUAUUUUGUGUGCAUGUUUCUAAAUCUUAUUUUACGCGAGAAUUUUGUUUCCAUGUCGACAAAAAGGAGAAUCCCAAGAACUCUUGGGUAGAUCUUUCUCCGGAGAAAAGUUUACCUGAUGUGGCCAGAAGAUGCGAUGCACCUAGUAUCUGCGGGUUUCUGUUGGGAGAUCCAUUUUCAUGCUUUUCUCCUCAGACGCCUCCGCUAAUAGAAUUUGUAUUAGAUGCACACUCUGUAGUUAUGAGUAAUUUUUCGAAAUCGAACGUAAUUGAAGUAUUGAAUGUAAACAAAGAGCGGGAAAACUCCCAGCUUGCAUCUAGACGUGUGAAUACUUCGUCAACGAGCAUUGCAAUCUCACUGAACGGUGAGACGGUUUAUGUUGUGAAUGAUGCUGAUAUGCCAACUAUAACGGUGUUCGAUGUUUCAAGUGGAAAGCUCAAAGCCAAGAAAAGCUUUGAUAAGAAGGGCACCAUUUAUCUCACACCCGUAAAAGGAGGUAUACUGGUUACAGCUCGUGACGACACUCCCAAGCUGUGGAAUUGUCAGUUGUCAAAAUGCAUCCGAGGUUGGUCCAGCUUAGACAAGAUAGCAGAGAUUCUUACUGUAUCAGAUGAACACGUAGCGUGUGUCAGAGAAAGAGUUGAAGUCAGUAUCAUAGAUACAGCGAGCGGCAAAAUUGUGUCUAAAAUUCCUACUGGUUCAAGGGAAUGUAUCGCAUGUAACAGUAAAUUCCAGGUGAUGUCCUCUGACGGUCGCACUGUUCAGUUGUCUGAAGGUACAGCAGUUCUGUGGGAGAAGGAGCAUUUGGACUAUUUUUACGGGAGUUUCUCUCCUGACGAACGCUUGGUAAUUUUGGAAAACUGGCCGUUCAUUACUAAUGUACUUGUACUUAGUGCAUAUACAGGAAACGCAGUGUGUUCCAUUAACUUCGACGCGAUUCCUUUUGGGUGUGAGUUUAUUAGUGAAGAGGAAAUGGUUGUUACCUCAACUGUCGGUACAGGUUAUGGUUUACAACUCUUUCACGUUAAGACUGGAGAUUUGCUUAGCGUUCUACACCUGGAGAGCAAGCCUUCCUGUUUAGCUACUCGUCCUCAUAAGCGACUCGUCGCUGUUGGUUUGGAAAAAUCCGACCCAUGCUUCAAACUUGUGCAGGUAAAGCUGCCUCGUGACAGAGACGAUAUGAAAAACAGUAGUGUCAGCAGGACCUCGGAGAUCUUAGAGAACAGUCGUAGGAAAAGAUGUGUUGUCAUGUAGUACAGGCCUCAAAUAACUAUGUGAGACGGAUAAUGAAACAAAUGGAGAGAUACGAGUGAAAAGAAUUGGAAACUACUAUUGCGCAUGCGUCCAGCUUUUCAACAACCUUCCUGCUAGAGAGAGCGAUGACAGAUUAGGUGUAUUUAUACCGAAGUCAGUGAAAUUAACUUUUUUUAUAGAGUCCCGUAAGAUAUCAAGUGCCAUACGCUAAAGAAAUUACUCUAGAGAACAAAUUUCUUUUUGAGGAACAAGAUUAGACAGCGAUUCUAGCUAAAUGUAGAUUCCUUUGGAGACUUUUUAUUUGAUGGUGGGGCUUGCUAGUCGAGUAAAUUGGAAUUACAUGAAAAGAUUUUAAUUUGUAAAAUUUUCAGUUGCCAGUGUGACGUUUCUGUGUAUUGAACAAAAUAAAUUUGCAUGUUAUUAUUUUUGUAUCAAAAACUAUACAAAGAAGGUAUACUUUAUGGUUGUGGAAAAUUACUAGAAUUUUUCUAUUUUGAACAACACCAUGAUGGAACAUAUACUUUUGUAUUAAACUUUUUUUUUCAAGUUAUUCAAAGUUAAUUGUAUCAUAGCUUAGUUAUAUCAUUGAAGUUAUUGCGCAGUAGGAGCGGUAAAUGUAAUUAAAACGUUAUUAUGUGCCAAGGUCCCUGCCUUUUUAUUAUAUAGCUGAGCUAGUUGAACGCGAUCAUCUCUUAAGAUCAAAGUAGUUAAAGCUGGUUUCACGGGGUUUCUUGGUCAGCCGAAAGCACCCGCCUCUAGGCUGUAGGAUAAGAGAACAGAGCAUCUUCGUCCGACUUAUGUUUUUAAAAAACUUACGGUUAACUGGGGAGUCUGUUGUACUAAACUUGAGAAAAUCUUACCCUAAACCCACGGUACUGCACCCGAAGAAAAGUCUUUAGGCCAACGCAUUCCGGUUUCUAGGCCCUUUCUUUCACCUCAUUGGCCGCGGGGUGGGUGGGAACUUUAUUAUGUGCGGCACGUCUUUUGAGGAUGUUAUUGUUUUAAAAUUGAUGCACUUAAACUAUGUACCUUUUUGUUUUGACAUCCAUAAGGAAUACCUUAUCAAGGAAAGAAAAAAAAAAUUGCGUUAAACAUGAGAAAAUUGUGUGAGACAGUUCACUGACUGCACUGAAGACCAAUCACAGCCCACCUGCCAACAAAAUAAUAUACUAAGCACCUUUAGGUAGAAUUCUCCUACAGAAAAGAAAAUAACUUUCAAUUCUUUCUACUCAGCAGAAGUAGUUCAAGUGGCAUGAUCGUCAUUUCAUUAUCACCAUCGUCAUGAUCGUUUUCGUCGUCGUCAUCGUCAUCGUCGUCAUCACCGUUAUUAUUUAUGUUUUAGUUGUCAUACGAAAGUAACUACGGCCACCCUGGCCUCUGAACGUUUCUACGGAAAUCAGCUUUGUGCUAGGACUUGAUAUAUUUCUGCAUAUUAAAUGAUUAAGCUACGCUAUGCUAUCUAAGUGUGACCAAUAACUGUACGGUGAUUUGAUCAUAAGGGGUAUUUUCCAUAUUGUACAACAUGUAUUAUUUUCACAGUGAUCAAUAAAAUAUUGUCCCCGACA